AUAGCAUUCCUGAAGAUCCGAAACAUGUCUUAAAAGUUAAAGCCAAAGAUCAGCUCUGAAUUGAAAUCUUAAAAGGGUGUUAACUUUAGAUUGACCCAUUGGAUCAGCAGGGCCACUUGCUCACUUAUGUCAGGAAAAUAAUGAAGAACGAGAAAAAAAACAGAAACGGUAGUCCUGACUCCUGAAAGACCAAGAACCUGAACAAACUCCACAACUUCAAAACAGUGCCAGCAAGAUUCUGCCAAAUGAAGCCAAUGGGAACCAAGUUAGAGGAGUCCCGGAUUUCUGAAAUGUCUUCGGAUCCUGAUAAUACUAACCCACAACCUUCUGUUAUGGAGCGAGUGGAGGAAGUUGAAGCAAAUCUAGCUGCCAGCUUCCCUAGCUGUACGAAGACCAUGGUUCGCUCAAAUGUUAGACAUGGAUUUUGGCUGCAUCUUCCUAUGCCAUUCUGCAAAUUGCAUAUGCCCAAGCAUGAUACAACAGUAAUUUUGGAAGAUGAAAGUGGGGAAGAAUACAAAACAACUUAUAUUGCAGAAAGGACCGCAUUGAGUGCUGGAUGGAAAGCAUUCUCAGCAGGUCAUAAAUUAGUCGAGGGGGAUGUUCUGGUUUUCCAUUUGGUCAGUUCUUCAAAAUUUAAGGUUUGCAUAGUCAGAGCAUUCAAAUCAAACAAAGUAGAUGGAGGUUUUGGCUUGCUAAAUGUAAAUCUUCAUGCAAAACCAAUUAGGUCAAUUCGCACGAAGAGAAGAAAGAGAAUCUCUAAGAGGGCCAAGUGCUUGGAGCUUCUUCCACAUGAUAAUGUUGAAAAUAACAGCCUGAUGGUAUUAGAUACCAAUAAUGAGCAUUUAGUAGGUCAGUAUGAUAACGACAACAAGGAUCCUAGCUUUGGCUUGUCUGAUGGCAUCCGAUCUCUGGCAUCCAUUAUUGAUUUUGAAGAGAGGAAAAGCAUUGAAAGUUUCAUCAUUAUAGUGAAUGGUUCAAGAAUAGACUCUGAGCUUUCUGAGUACCAUAGAACCAAGUACUACGAGCUCUGCUGCAGUCAGAACUCAUUUCUCCAUGAUCAUCUUCUCAAGAGUAUUAGCAGUAAAUUGGCUGCUGAAAUAAUUACACAGACUAUUAGCAUUGCAGAGGCCAUUAAGGCUUGCAAGCUUUCCACCUCUCAAGCAGAUUAUAUGCUCUGGGACAAGACUUUGAAAGGCUUUGAGCUAUUAGGCAUGAAUGUUGGAUUUCUUCGAGCUCGAUUGAAUCGGUUAAUGACCCUAGCCUUGGAAUUACAGGAGGCUGUGGAGUCGGAGAGGUAUAAAGCUAGUCUUGAGAAAGAUCAGAUGAAAGAAGAGAAAAAAUCUCUCGAAUUGAAGCUUGUGAAACUCAAAGAGGCAAUGCAUAGGCUUGAUGCUGAGAUAGAAACCCUGAAGGAAAAUGCUGAGAAGCAUCAGCUUAAAUUCCAGGAGGAGGUUAAUGCUGCAUGGUGAUCAUUGGCUGUCUCAUUGUUCUAAAGCUUAAACCCCUUUGAUGUAAUAUACAUAUAUUUGCCAUCCAUGACAUGUUUGCAUCAUCCAAAAGUUACCACCAUUUCAUGUAAGAUUCUAUGGGGGAGAUGUAGAAAUAUUUUAAGUUUCUAUUUGCCUGUAUGACAAGGCUUUAAUGGUGUUGAAAAGUUUGGAAGUUUUUCAUCAAUAUAUAUUCCAUUUUUCUACAGUCUAUAAAUUUGCAUUUAAAUUACAAUUGUAAUGAAUUUUUCUACAUUCUCAAAUUAGUUGAGUAAUCAAUUUUCUCGA